CAGGAUCCUUGUUUGAUGUGGGCACCACACCUGUCGUGUUUACUGCUAUAGACAGCUCUAACUUAAUCACUCGCUGUUCUAAAUUGGUUCACGUUAAAGUCAGACGUUGUGAUGAUUACAUUGAGGGGAACAACUCAUUCGUAAACUGUUCUCAUGGUAGGUAACGCUUAUGGAUCUGUCUGUACUACAACAUGUCAACAAGCGUAUGAGCUGGUGGACGUAUCAACACAGACUUGUCUAGAGAACCAGACAUGGAGUGGUGCCAAACCAGUUUGUCAACCUCGAUCAUGUGUGGACCCACCACCUGUAGCAAAAGGCAACUUCACGUGUCCAAAUGGUCAGAGAUACCAAGAUGUUUGUUCACUGAACUGUGACCAAGGUUACACUGCCCAGCCACCCCUGACUAUCACGUGUAACAUUAACGUUGAGUGGUCGCAAACUGGAUCGUGUUUAGACACUCAAGCACCAAUAUUUCCUGAUGGUUGCCCAGCAAGCUUUGAGGUUGAAGCCGCCAGUCUAGGAGAACCUACAUAUGUGAACUACACUCUACCAAAAUCUACAGACAAUUCUAAUGAACCUGUUGUUUUACUUGGCAACCCAAUCUCCGGCUCAGCUUUUGACAUUGGCACAAGUACAGUGACUGUAACUGCCACAGAUAGGCAGGGGAACUCAGUUAAUUGCACAUUUGAUGUCAUCGUUAAAACCACCUCCUGUGAAGCACCCAACAUAGACACAUCCGGCAAAGUCCUCAUCAACUACAACUGUCCCAACCAAUACGUGUAUGGGGCCAGCUGUCUCCUCAACUGUACAGAUGGUAACCCAAUCACAGGUCCCAGCUCCAUCAAAUGUGACAAGCUGUCUACAGGACUUCAGUGGGUGUGGCCAGGGAAUAUCAAGCCAUAUUGUAACGCUCAAUCCUGCAAAAAGCUGACCAGCCCUACCAAUGGCGCCUUGGCAUGCGAUGUGAUAGGUGGUGUUGGAAGCGAGAUUUGUUUCCUGCUGUGUAACAUCAACUUCACCUACCCAGCAUCAGCACCUGAUCAGUACACCUGCACUAAAGGCACAUGGAAGCCAAGUGAUUUUAUUCCAGGAUGUACAGUUCGUCGUCAGCCAGGCACAGCAUUAACAAAGCCAGACUUUUAUUACUUUACUCAAGAGUGCAGCUCCGACAGUAGCGAAAUUAAACACAAUUUUCUACUUUUGUUGGAAAAUGUGGUUUCAGAUGCUUGCGGUGCUGAUGGCUGCACUAUAGACACAAUAGAAGUUACGUGUGGACCUGUAGUACAGAGAAGAAGGAGAAGAGCGGCUAAAACAAGGAUGGCUCGAGAGACUGAACAAUUUCAGUAUAAGAUUCAAGCUGUAAUAAGUCUUGGAGAAUACAAAGAUCAAAACAGCCCAUCAGAGACACAAACCUAUUACAAGACACUUGUAGAAAACAUCAACAGUAAAAUUGUAGACGCUUCCGACGCUGGAAAAUUAAACAUUCCUGAAAUCGGAAGAUUUGAUACCUUCAUAUAUGGAGACAGUGUGUUUAGUUGUGAAUCAGGAACAGUCAUUGUGUAUAGCACUAUGUCUUGUGCUGGCUGUGGACCUGGCUUUACCUACAACAACUCAACAAAAAAAUGUGAUCCAUGUCCUCAAGGAACCUACCAGGGCCAGGACAUAUCUUAUACUUGUACCUCAUGUCCUGAAGGUACAACAACAAGAAAGAGUAUGUCCACAUCUGUCAUGGAUUGUCAAAACCUCUGCUUACCUGGCCACUUCUCAUCCACUGGUAUCCAGCCAUGUAACUCUUGUCCUAAAGGAACUUUUGCCUCUCAGUAUGGCAUGAAACAGUGUACACUUUGUCCAUAUGGGAUGUCUACACUGUCUACUGGAGCAGCAGCAAUUACAGAAUGCCUAACCCAUGAUAUCCGAAUGAAUGAAAAUACCUCGAAGCCUGCCAUCCAAAUAUACGAUGAUUUACCAAACAAAUUCACAUUUAUGUUAUGGAUCGCUGAUGUUUCGAACAUGGACACCUCUUAUUUGAUAAUAUCUCUAACAAAUUCUUCAAACCAAACUUCAGCAUCCUUAAUUAUUGACACCAUAAGUAUACAGAUACAGCGUCAAACUAGUAGUUCUACAAGUCACAGAAAAAUCAAGAAGUGGAAUCAUGUGGCUGUUGUGUAUUCAUCAAGAAAUGCAACUCUCUUCGUCAAUGGUCAAAUGAUGGAAAGUGUAAAUGUCACCUCAGUGUCAGAUCUGAGCAAGAAGGAUAUUUACUUUCAGAGCUCUUCAAAUGUUAAAUCAAUACUUGUGAGUGGCAUCCAAAUGACAACAACAGCCUACACAGAAUCCCAGAUUAAAGAGUUCAGCACUUCAUGUAACAAACAAGUAGACAAUCAUGUGCUUGCAUUUAAACCAUGGGAGUCUCUCAUCAUGACUAAUAGUACUUGUAAUGACAAAGACCUGUGUACUGGUGAACCCUGUGGAGCAUAUGGCACCUGUAUUGCUGGGACUGAUGUACUCACAUGUGUAUGUGAUGACCCAUGGACAGGUGACCAGUGUGAAAAUGCCCCAGAUUUCUGUGUUGGACAUCACUGUGAGAAUGGAGCCACUUGUGUGAAUCAGCCACAAAACAAAGGCUACACAUGUUCAUGUCCAAUCGGAUUUACAGGACUACUUUGUAACGCACCUAAUGACCCUGUGAAUGGAGGCUGGGAAAACUGGAGCCAAUGGUCAAGCUGUUCAGUGACCUGUGGGUCUGGUGUUAAAUCAAGAUCAAGAGAAUGUGACAGCCCUAAACCAGAAAAUGGGGGUGAACUCUGUCAAGGUUCAAAGACUGAGACUCAAGUUUGUGACACUGGCUGUCAAGACUGUAGUUGGGGUGACUGGACACAGUGGACAUGUGAUGUAACAUGUGGCUCUGGUACAGCAACACGUUCUCGUACAAUUGCCCAAGUUGCUGUUAAUGGUGGUCUGCCAUGUCAGGGUCCUAAAACUAGCAGUAAACUUUGUACCUUGUCAGUUUGUCCAGUUGUUGGAGGUUUUGGAGCAUGGGGUGUGUGGAGCCCCUGCAGCCGUAGCUGUGGAGGUGGUGUGUCAACCAGACAAAGGUCAUGUGACAACCCAGCUCCAAGUCUGGGAGGAAAACCUUGUGACUCUACUCAUGCAAUUCAAACACACCCAUGCAACAAUGAGAAAUGCCCAGUUUGCAAGAACCCAGAGCUACGUGAGGGCCAGAAAGAAUGGAACUGUUCUACAGACAGCUCUGGCCUGCAGACAUGUAACAUUGUCUGUCUACCUGGUCUUGUUCUGAUGCCAUCAACUGACAACAUUUUCCAAUGUGGACCCACCAGUAACUACACCUGGUCACAACAAACACGGGAUAAUCCAAUUGGUCUUACACCAGCUUGUUCAGACAGGAAGAUCCCUGAAUCAGUGUCCCCUGUCAUUACAACCACCUAUGACAUAGAUUGCAACAAGCCACCAUCAUCUGUUGAUCUAGAAAGUUCUGUAAAUAAUCAACUAUCACAACAGGACUGUGUUAAACAAGGCACUUGUACAUUCACAGUGGCGUCACAGUCAAACUGCAAGACUAGUAGGAAGAGAUCCAUUGGUGUUAUUGUAAUGCAAGUCUCCUUAACUCCUGUUGGUUAUAAUGAUACUGAGAAAACAUACUUUGGAAAUAUGUCUGAACAAGAAGCGAAUGCACAAAUUACUAAGCUGGAGGAAAUUGAACAAACUCUGCAAAACAUCAUGAAAACCAAUGCAACAAUUUUUACUGCAACGAUUGAUGGUGUGAAAUACGUUGGCAAGGCACAAACUGUGGAGACAACAAUAGUUUGCCAGUCAGGAUCAGGGUUUGUGCGUGGAUUUUGUGUGGACUGUCCAGCAGGAUCCUAUUCCCCAGGAAAUGCUUCAUGUCUGUAUUGUGAUAAGGGAUUUUACCAGGACCAGCCUAAGUCAUCAAACUGUGUAGCUUGCCCCUCUGGUACUACAACCUCAGGAAGAGGCUCGUACUCACCAAACCACUGUACAACAAACCCAAUCAGCUAUGCAGACAUUUAUCCUUUUAUGAUAGAACCUACAGUUGGUGAUACAACUACCAAGGGACAAAACUCAGAUAAUUAUGUGCAUGAUGAUGCAGAUGUUCCCGUAAUUGUAGGAGCUGUCACAGGCAGCAUAAUCUUCAUUCUUAUUUUGGCGAUAAUAAGUUUCAUCAUUACCAAAAAGUUUGGGAAGUCUCUCUCUAAAACUGCACCGGAAGAUUAUACACAUCUUAACAUGAGCACAACUCGCAAAGUGAAGUGAUUUCAAAUAAUAAAGAUCUUUCAUAAACAAUAUUAUCAUAUUUAAAUUAAAAUGUUUAUGGGGUUACUUUUUUUUAAAUAGUUAAAUUAUCAAUAUGGAUUAGUUUUGCCUAAGUAGUACUAUACAAAAAUAACUUUCUUGAUUAAACAUGUAUUUUGGUAGAGUUACAAAACGAAAAUAGAUUUGAAAUAGGUGUAGGCUACUUAGAAAUAUAAGUAUUUGUUUAUAUCAAACUAGAUUUUACCUCGUUAGUCAUCUGAAGGCGUAGAUAUAUUUUAACCAUAUAAACAAUAUUUGCUAUUAAUAGUAAGUCAACUUCUAAUAAAAUCAGAACAAAAUCCUUCAUCUUGAGAUAAACAACAUAAUAAUAUUCUAUAUAAACAGGAUGUUUUUAU